GGGUCACAAGGGAGGCGGUGCGAUAGUGCGCACGCUUCGAUUAUCGAUUGAAGCGACGUUACAUUCGUUCGAGUCUGUACGCUAGAUCUCAUUUAUACGAAGGUAGUGGCCACGAAAAGAUGCGGUGAAAUUUGGCGCGUCAACGAAAGAGAGAAAGAGAGAGAGAGAGAGAGUGAGAAAGAGAGAGAGAGAGAGAGAGAGAAAGAAAUAUACUCCCUCGCGAAAUCGGCCAUUUUGACAGCGUUGAGAGAUACCUGCAGGAAAAACGAGUCUAGGAUCUCAUUUCUGUGGCAGUUACCCUCGAGGAUUGCGUGCGUGAGGGGGCGGCGGUGGUAGUGGUAUUGGUGUGCGUGCUGGUGCUGCUGCUACUGCUGCUAUUAUUGCUGUUUCAACUUCUAGUAUUAAUACUGUUAUCGAAGGUAGUGUGUCGAUUCUGUGUCAUUAUUGUCGUAGAGAAGUUAAACAUAAUAAGAUCAGAAUCAAGGUAGAGAGGUCAUCGUAUUCCUUAACGUGGAGUGAAUUCGUGAUAGGAUCUAAAGAAAGAAAAAAAUGGCUGGGAAUACGGGUAUGGAACAACUGAUCCCGAUCGUGAACAAGCUGCAAGAUGCAUUCACGCAACUCGGGGUCCACAUGCAACUUGAUUUACCACAAAUCGCGGUAGUGGGCGGUCAGAGUGCGGGAAAAAGUUCCGUACUCGAAAACUUUGUUGGCAAGGAUUUCUUACCAAGAGGUUCUGGUAUUGUAACUAGAAGACCACUCAUCUUACAAUUGAUUAAUAGCACUACGGAAUUUGCAGAAUUUUUGCACUGUAAAGGCAAGAAGUUCGUGGACUUUGAUGAAGUAAGAAAAGAAAUAGAAUCUGAAACAGAUAGAGUAACUGGCAGUAAUAAGGGUAUUUCUAAUAUACCUAUAAAUUUGAGAGUAUACUCUCCCAAUGUUCUCAAUCUUACAUUGAUUGAUCUACCUGGUCUUACAAAAGUGCCAAUUGGAGAUCAACCAGUUGAUAUAGAAGCUCAAAUUAAAGCAAUGAUUUUUCAAUUCAUUAGAAGAGAAAAUUGUCUUAUAUUGGCAGUUACACCGGCUAAUACCGACUUGGCAAACAGUGAUGCUCUUAAACUUGCUAAAGAGGUUGAUCCACAAGGUGUACGUACUAUCGGAGUUAUUACUAAAUUGGAUCUUAUGGAUGAUGGUACUGAUGCAAGAGAUAUCUUGGAGAAUAAGCUGUUACCUUUGCGAAGAGGCUAUAUAGGUGUUGUUAAUAGAAGUCAAAAAGAUAUUGAAGGGCGUAAGGAUAUCAAAAAUGCUUUAGCAGCUGAAAGAAAAUUUUUUCUUAGCCACCCGUCUUAUCGACACUUAGCAGACAGAUUGGGUACACCGUAUCUGCAACGAGUUCUAAAUCAACAACUUACAAAUCACAUAAGGGAUACCCUUCCUGCCUUACGAGAUAGAUUACAAAAACAGCUUCUUACACUGGAAAAAGAUGUUGAACAGUAUAAACAUUUUAGACCAGAUGAUCCUGCUAUUAAAACAAAGGCUAUGUUACAGAUGAUACAACAACUUCAGUCAGAUUUUGAACGGACUAUAGAAGGUUCUGGUUCAGCGCAAAUUAACACGAAUGAACUUAGUGGGGGAGCAAAAAUAAACAGAUUAUUUCACGAACGUUUUCCAUUUGAAAUUGUUAAAAUGGAAUUUGAUGAAAAAGAACUCAGAAGAGAAAUUGCUUUUGCUAUCAGAAAUAUUCAUGGUAUUAGGGUAGGAUUAUUCACGCCAGAUAUGGCCUUUGAGGCAAUAGUCAAGAAGCAAAUUAAUAGGCUUAAAGAGCCUAGCCUAAAAUGUGUGGACCUAGUCAUACAAGAGCUUGGUAAUGUUGUUCGUAUUUGUACAGAUAGGAUGUCACGUUAUCCUAGAUUAAGAGAAGAAACGGAACGUAUUAUAGCUACUCAUGUUCGACAACGUGAACAAAUGUGUAAAGAGCAACUAGUACUUUUAGUGGAUUGUGAGCUUGCCUAUAUGAAUACAAACCAUGAAGAUUUUAUCGGUUUUGCCAACGCGGCGGCCAGUAGCCAUAAUGCAAGUGCUCAGCAAUCAUCAGAAAAUGCAGUUAAAGCUGGACGACAUAUUUUAGGCAACCAAGUAAUACGUAAAGGUUAUAUGUGUAUUCAUAAUCUUGGUAUUAUGAAAGGAGGAUCCAGAGACUAUUGGUUUGUUCUGACCUCUGAAAGUAUUUCUUGGUUUAAAGAUGAAGAGGAACGUGAAAAGAAAUAUAUGCUACCUCUUGAUGGUUUGAAACUGCGCGAUUUAGAACAAGGCUUCAUGUCUCGGCGAUAUCUCUUUGCAUUAUUCAAUCCAGAAGGAAGGAACGUUUAUAAAGAUUUUAAACAACUUGAAUUAAGUUGUGAAACUCAGGAUGAUGUUGAUUCUUGGAAGGCUUCGUUACUCAGAGCUGGAGUAUAUCCUGAAAAAUCAACAGAGCAAGCAAAUGGAGAAGGAGAGGAUAAGCAGAGGGGUGGUACAGAAGGUCAGUCUUCGAUGGAUCCUCAGUUAGAACGUCAAGUAGAAACAAUUAGGAAUCUAGUAGAUUCUUAUAUGAAAAUUGUUACAAAAACUACCCGUGAUCUUGUCCCAAAAACAAUUAUGCAUCUUAUUAUUAAUAAUGCAAAAGACUUUAUUAAUGGAGAAUUAUUGGCACAUCUUUAUGCGAGUGGUGAUCAAGCAUCUAUGAUGGAAGAAUCUCCUGAAGAAGCACAGAAAAGAGAAGAAAUGUUACGCAUGUAUCAUGCAUGUAAAGAAGCUCUUCGUAUUAUUGGAGAUGUUUCAAUGGCUACAGUAUCAACACCAGUACCACCACCAGUGAAGAAUGAUUGGUUAGCUUCUGGAGAAAAUCCGAGUCUUGGGUUAUCGCCACCAUCUCCUGGUGGGCCAAGACGUGGAGUGACACAGCCACCACCUCUUUCUAGUUCACGAGUACCACCGCCUGUUCCUGCCAGUGGGCGGCCAGCACCAGCAAUUCCUAAUCGACCUGGACCUGGUGGACCACCGCCAGCUCGAGCUAAUCCAGGCCUACCACCACCACUUAUUCCAUCUCGAGGGGGUGGCCUUCAACAGAGAGUGACACAGGCUGCGACUCAGGCCGCUGCUAAUGCCGCUGUGAACGAGCUGAUGGAUGCGUUCAGGAUCAAGCGUCCCGUACCUAAUAUUCCUCCCCGUAUUCCUGAUAGACCGUAUUCCGGCCGACUAAACUGAGAUAAUGCAACAUCAACAAAGGACAUCGUUGUAGUUGCGUUCAAGGAGAGAAGAACAAAUCCUCUCCCAUGGAUCGCGAAACAAGAAUGGAUAGAACUGUGUUAGAUGAGGAAAUGUGGACGGACAAAUAUGAAGAAGAUACGAUGAAACUAACACCUUCCAAUGGAUACGUGAACGAAAUUAUUAUCAAGGUUAUAUAAUAUGUAUUUACUAUUCUCUCCUCCAGAUCAUCGAAUUUUUGUAAACACAAGUUUCGUUAUUGCGUAUUUCCAAAGGAUAGGAGAAAAUGUCAGGAGUCGUUGGAGAACGAUCAGUAUUAUUAAUAGCGUUGAAUAAUCGAAGAAAAAUCGAACGUAACUCGUUUCUUUCUUUAAUAUCAUGAUAUAAUCCUAAAUGACAAUCAUAUGUACUUUCUUUUUCAUUUCUAUUUUGUUUGUUUGAUUUUUUUUUCUUUCUUCCAUUUUGUUUUUUUUUUCCCCUUACUAUAUUGGUAUUAUAAAUAAUAUUGUAUCUUAUCUAUAAGAUCACAAUAACGUGUUUCUUUAUUCGCAGCAGAUGUUUCUCUUUUCCAUGAUAUAUAUAUAUAUAUAUAUAUAUAUAUAUAUAUAUAUAUAUAUAUAUAUGUAUAUAGGUCCAGAAAAAUGUGUGGUUUUUUUUCUUUUUUCUUCUUUUUUUUUCCUUCUUUCUCUUCCUAUAUACAGAAAAAAAAGAGGAAUACUAUAUGCAGAGAGACAGAGACAGAAACAGAGAAGAGAGAGAGAGAAAGAGAGAGAGAGAGAGGAGAGAAAUAGAGAUAGAGAAAGGAGUAACUCGAUUAUACCUCGAUUACCUCGAUAUUAGAAACGUGUUUUUAGGAAGAUUUUCUUCCUUUGGUGCUACAAAGAAUAAUAAAUAGAGAAGAAAAGUGAGCACCAGCAGCAUUCCAAAACACAUUUAUUGUCGAAAUAGAACUUCAACCAUGAAAAUACUACUCUCUUUCCGUUUUUUCCAUCCCGUACUAAUUUAUUUAAUUUGAAACUUCGUAUCGAUGCCAUUUUAGUAAUUCUUUUAAGCUUCGAUUAAGAUAAAAUAAUUUAGAUAAUUUAUAUAGAAACAACGAAUUUAGAACAAAUUCAACGGCGGUGUGAUACAUAAUAGAUUAAUUUUAGAUAUACUUGAACUUUAGUCUUAUUAAUUUUUUUUUUUUUUUUUUUUUUUUUUUUUUUUUAUAUUACAGUACGCACAACGUUGACAGUUUGUAUGUAUUUUUUAUUUGUUAUUGUUAUAUCUUGAUAUUAAUUCGUGGCGGCUGUUGUAUCUGUAUGUGUGUUUUUUUGUUUUUUUUUUGUAUUGGAGGGGACGAAUGUUUGUACGUAUGUUGUACGUGCAUAUAUAUAUAUAUAUAUAUAUAUAUAUAUAUAUAUAUAUAUAUAUAUAUAUAUAUAUAUAUAUAUAUAUAUAUGUAUAUAUAUAUAUCACAUAUAUAAGGACAAGUAAAAACGCCAAAUAAAUUGUCGUGCGUUACCGAAUAAGAUUCAUUAAAUAAGUAAAAAAGCGUCGAAGUGGUAUGAUUGUGUACAUAGUCAAUUGAAUUAAUAGUAUUACAUGUACGUACGUAUGUACGUAACACGUGCUAAGGAAAAAAAUGUUGUAUUAUGAAAUUUUGGAAAGCUGGUCCAUUAGGAAUAUGCGACAUUGACUGACGACAAUUGUAUAAUAUACGAAAUAAAUGAUAUUUAAUA